AUGGAUCAGUGUGAGGACAGAGAGGAGGGAGGCCCUCCCUCUAAAACUGCUCUGUGUGGGGAACAUGAGAAGCAGACCAAAGCUCAGAGGUGAGAUGACCACCUCUAACUGUCCAUGACUUUUCUCCAUGUCACAGCUCAGCACUCACAUCACUGCUCCAUCAUUCUACACAGGAACCAACCUGGACCUCCACCCAGCUGUGUGUCCUUAAAGAGUGACCAGUCUAAAGAUCGCCUGAUUCAUUUUACAGACCAGCAGGCAUUAACAAGCAUUGUUGACCAGGAGAGCUCUGAGGUUCCCAGUGGUCAGUCUGCCCAGCAGCAUCAAACACACCUGGACUCCAUAUUUAAGCUGCUGGAGGACAACAUCAUCAUUUUUGUGAGAAACGAGCUGCAGAAGAUCCAGAAAGUUCUGAGUCCAGAUGGCCCAGAAUGCUUAGAGAGUCAGAGGGAGGAUGAUGAACAGAGGAGGAGCAGCAGAGAGGCAUUUGUGAAGAUCACAGUGGACAUUCUGAGGAGAAUGAAGCAGGAGGAGCUGGCUGACCAUCUGCAGAGAAAAAGCCUUGCUGAAGUUUGUCAUUGUAAACUUAAAUCUGAGCUGAAGAAGAAGUUCCAGUGUGUGUUUGAGGGGAUCGCUAAAGCAGGAAACCCAACCCUUCUGAAUCAGAUCUACACAGAGCUCUACAUCACAGAGGGAGGAACUGCAGAGGUCAAUGAUGAACAUGAGGUCAGACAGAUUGAAACAGCAUCCAGGAAACCAGACAGACCAGAAAGAACAAUCAGACAAGAAGACAUCUUUAAAGCCUCACCUGGAAGAGAUGAACCAAUCAGAACAGUGCUGACAAAGGGAGUGGCUGGCAUUGGGAAAACGGUAUUAACACAGAAAUACACCCUGGACUGGGCUGAAAACAAAGCCAACCAGGACAUCCACUUCAUAUUUCCAUUCACUUUCAGAGAGCUGAAUGUGCUGAAAGAGGAAAAGUUCAGCUUGGUGGAACUUGUUCAUUACUUCUUUACUGAAACCAAAGAAGCAGGAAUCUGCAGCUUUGAAGACUUCCAAGUUGUGUUCAUCUUUGAUGGUCUGGAUGAGUGUCGACUUCCUCUGGACUUCCACAAAACUACAAUCCUAACUGACCCUAGAAAGUCCACCUCAGUGGAUGUGCUGCUGAUAAACCUCAUCAGGGGGAAACUGCUUCCAUCUGCUCAUCUCUGGAUAACCACACGACCUGCAGCAGCAAAUCAGAUCCCUCCUGAAUGUGUUGGCAUGGUGACAGAGGUCAGAGGUUUCACUGACCCACAGAAGGAGGAGUACUUCAGGAAGAGAUUCAGAGAUGAGGAGCAGGCCAGCAGGAUCAUCUCCCACAUCAAGACAUCACGAAGCCUCCACAUCAUGUGUCACAUCCCAGUCUUCUGCUGGAUCACUGCUACAGUUCUGGAGGAUGUGCUAAAAACCAGAGAGGGAGGACAGCUGCCCAAGACCCUGACUGAGAUGUACAUCCACUUCCUGGUUGUUCAGGCCAAAGUGAAGAAGGGCAAGUAUGAUGGAGGAGCUGAGACAGAUCCACACUGGAGUCCAGAGAGCAGGAAGAUGAUUAAGUGUCUGGGAAAACUGGCUUUUGAUCAGCUGCAGAAAGGAAACCUGAUCUUCUAUGAAUCAGACCUGACAGAGUGUGGCAUCGAUAUCAGAGCAGCCUCAGUGUACUCAGGAGUGUUCACACAGAUCUUUAAAGAGGAGAGAGGACUCUACCAGGACAAGGUGUUCUGCUUUGUCCAUCUGAGUGUUCACGAGUUUCUGGCUGCUCUUCAUGUCCAUCUGACCUUCAUCAAAUCUGGACUCAAUUUGCUGGAAGAACAAACAACCUCCAAGAAGUCUGAUUCAUUUAGAAAAAAAAGAAAUUUUAAAUCUUUCUACCGGAGUGCUGUGGACAAGGCCAUACAGAGUCCAAAUGGACACCUGGAUUUGUUCCUCCGCUUCCUCCUGGGUCUUUGUCUUAAGACCAAUCAGACUCUCCUACGCGGCCUGCUGACAAAGACAGGAAGUAACUCACGGACCAAUCAGAAAACACUCCAGUACAUCAAGAAGAAGCUCAGCGAGAAACUGAGUGCAGAGAAGACCAUCAAUUUGUUCCACUGUCUGAAUGAACUGAAUGAUCGUUCUCUAGUGGAGGAGAUCCAACAGUUCCUAAGAUCAGGAAGUCUCUCCACAGAUGAACUGUCUCCUGCUCAGUGGUCAGCUCUGGUCUUCAUCUUACUGUCAUCAGAAAAAGAUCUGGAUGUGUUUGACCUGAAGAAAUACUCUGCUUCAGAGGAGACUCUUCUGAGGCUGCUGCCAGUGGUCAAAGCCUCCAACAAAGCUCUGCUCAGUGAAUGUUUCCUCUCAGAGAGAAGCUGUGAAGCUCUGUCCUCAGUCCUCAGCUCCCAGUUGUCUAGUCUGAGAGAGCUGGAUGCAAGCAACAACAACCUGCAAGAUUCUGGGGUGAAGCUUCUAUCUUUUGGACUACAGAGUCCACAUUGUACACUGGAAACUCUGAGACUGAGUGCUUGUAGCCUCUCAGAGACAAGCUGUGAAGCUCUGUCCUCAGCCCUCAGCUCCCAAUCGUCUACUUUGAGAGAGCUGGAUGCAAGCAACAACAACCUGCAGGAUUCAGGAGUGAAGCUUCUUUCUGUUGGACUACAGAGUCAACAUUGUACACUGGAAACUUUGAGUCUUUCAGGCUGCCUGAUCACAGAGGAAGGCUGUACUUCUCUGGCCACAGCUCUGAGCUCCAACCCCUCCUAUCUGAGAGAGCUGGACCUGAGCUACAAUCAUCCAGGAAACUUGGGAAUGAAGCAGUUGUCAGUUGGACUGAAGGCUCCACACUGGAGACUGGACACUCUGAGGGUGGAGCCUGCUGGAGUCCGAUGGUUGACACCAGGUCUGAGGAAGUAUUUCUGUCAACUCACAAUCAACACAAACACAGUACACACAAACCUCAAACUGUCUGACAACAACAGGAAGGUGACACAUGCUGAGGAGGUUCAAUCAUAUCCUGAUCAUCCAGACAGAUUUGAUGUUUAUGAACAGCUGCUGUGUAGAGAUGGUCUGACUGGUCGAUGUUACUGGGAGGUCGAGUGCAGAGGAGACGUUGAGAUAUCAGUGAGUUCCAGAAAAAUCAGAAGGAAAGGAGACAGUACUGACUGUUUGUUUGGAUGGAAUGAUCAGUCCUGGAGUCUCAUCUGCUCUAAUGAUCGUCCUCGUUCUGUCAGGCAAAAUAAGACAGAAAAAUCCAUCUCCUCCUCCUCCUCCUCUUCCUCCUACUCUGUCUCUAACAGAGUAGCAGUGUAUGUGAACUGUCCUGCUGGCACUCUGUCCUUUUACAGAGUCUCCUCUGACACUCUGAUCCACCUCCACACCUUCAACACCACAAUUACUGAAACUCUUUAUCCUGGGUUUUGGUUCAGGUCUCCUGGUUCGUCAGUGUGUCUGUGCUGA